ACAACACAGACCAACUUUCAUCCCCAUGCUUCUACUUUUCACACAUUAAUCACUUCAUCUUCUCUCACAAAUCCUCUAACUAAUCACCAUGCUUAAAUCCCCAGAGCUUCCGGAUUGCAUCUACAAAGGCCAGCCCGUGUUAAUCAGCCCGGCCCGGCCCACUCCCAAUCACAGGCUCUACCUUUCCAAUUUAGAUGAUCAGAAAUUCCUUAGAUUCUCCAUCAAAUAUCUCUACCUUUUCGCCAAAUCUCUCCACACCGCAGCCCUGCGAAGCUCCCUCGCCCGGGCUCUCGUCGAGUUCUACCCCUUAGCAGGCCGGCUGAGGCGGCGCGUGGGCGGGGACGAUCGGAAGUUGGAGGUGGAGUGCAACGGAGAAGGAGCGGUGUUUGCGGAAGCGGAGAUGGAUUUGAGGAGUGAUGAGUUUGUUGAGUUUGUGGGGAAGCCAAACAGGGCCUUGAUGAGGAAGCUGCUGUACAGAGUUGAAGCUGCUGAUUUCUUGGAUAUUCCACCUCUCAUAAUUCAGGUGACGAAUCUCCGAGACGGUGGAACGAUUCUCUGCACCGCAAUAAGUCACUGCAUUUGCGACGGAAUCGGCUCGUCGCAGUUCCUACACGCCUGGGCCCACAUCCACCAAUCCUCGUCGUCCCCGAACUUACCGAUCCCACCGUUCCACUCCCGCCACGUGUUGGAGCCUCGCCACCCGCCACAAGUAACCUUCCCCCACCCCGGAUUUACCAAAAACACCCCUCCAACGAACGAACCCGCAGCGGGCCCCAAUGUGUUCAACUUCCUCCAAUCCCAACCGCUCGUGACGUCAUCCGUCACAUUCUCCCCCUCCCAAAUCCUCCACCUGAAAAGACAAUGCUACCCCUCGCUAAAAUGCACCACCUUCGAGGCCCUCGCGUCCCACACGUGGCGCAGCUGGGUCCGCUCGCUAGGGCUAAAACCGUCAUUUCAAGUCAAGCUCCUCUUCUCCAUGAACAUCCGGGACAAGGUGCGGCCAGAGAUGCCCCAGGGGUAUUACGGGAACGGGUUCGUGCUAGCGUGCGCCGAGGCGAAGGUCAAGGACCUCGUCUCGGCUAACGUGCGCCACGGCGUGAAAUCAGUGCAACAUGCUAAAUCAGUAAUUAGUGAUGACUAUGUUCGAUCCAUGAUUGAUUUGUUGGAUGAUGAGAGUGUGGUGACGGAUUUGUCAUCGAGUUUGGUGAUCUCGCAAUGGUCGAAAUUAGGGUUGGAGGAUUUGGAUUUUGGGGGAGGGAAGGCUCUUCACAUGGGGCCUUUGUAUAGUGAUAUCUAUUGCUUGUUUCUUCCGGUCGCCGGAGAAUUCGACGCGGUUAGGGUUCUCGUGUCGAUGCCUCGGAGCGUGGUCGAGAAAUUCGAGUUUUACAUGGCGGAUUUUGAUGGAGUUGUUGAGAAUGGGGAUGCAAAGAAUCAAUAUGAAGUAGAUAGUUUGAAGAUGGUUUCAGUUUAAGAAAUAGUGUCAACAUUUUUUAUGUGACAAAUGCAAGAACAACUAUACUUUUGAGUGUAUUUAUGUACUUGUAUCCAUUUUAAUACAAUCAAGUUUAUAUUUCAAUAAACGCGUCAUUUGUUUA